AUGCCUACCCCACUCAGUCAAGCAACCCACCACGCCCGGCUUCCCUGUUCGAGGACAUGCGAUCGCAAAAAGUGUGAAAAUUGCGAGAUAUCGUUUGAAAAGCAGAAACCGAUCAGAUUAAAAGAGACUGCACUUGUUCAGCUGGAUGUGACGAAAAUAAAUAAUCGAGCUGAUACGGAAUACGUCGCCCUCGUUGUCCCAGAUUCCAGCAAAGACCCAGCCAACUCGAUUUCUAGACGUAGAAAUGAAGUUGGGGUCAGUCUUCAUAAAAUUCAAACACAAUUCAACACACGUCGUGUGGAUACCUUUUCUUCAAAAGUCAACUUGAAGCAGAAACAGAAUAAAAGAUCCCAAUUUGGCAAAACUCAUGAUGAGGCGAGCGAAAUUAUUACACCGACAGCUUCAUCGCCGAUGGAUAUUAGCCUGCUUUCUGUUUUCUUCAGAUCAAGUCAAAUCAAGCGUACUCGGAAGACGGCCUAUACCUUAUGGAAAUUGCCAACUAGUAACGAUGUCAAUACAGACUUCUCUGAUCCCGAAAGAAUCUAUCUUGGGCUUGAAGCAAAGCGACUUUCUUCUUCCAAACAGGAUCUUGGGUCUGAGCAGGCUUCAAGGUUACGAGAAACUGUCGCUAUACAUAAAGAACAGUUGCAAGCUGUGGCAAGCAUAACCAGUGGGAAAUUGGAUCGUGGCCACGAAACGAACUCUCCGCCACCCAAAGAAAUGAAGCGCGAAUCCAACCAAGAUGCCUUUCCAAUGGCCGUCCUUGAGCCCCAUCUUUCUCGUCAAGGUCUAAAAGAGGUGGAAACAGUUCCAAAGUCGCUCCUCAAAAUUGUACCGCUUGAAUUGAUCCAGCACUUAAGGGAGGAUAGCAGGAGAUGCCCAGCUUGGACAAUUCAGGGCAAGAGAUGCAAACUGCAUCGUCCUAACAGAUCUUUUUCAGCGGAACUGCAAAGUGUGGCUACCUCAAAACCAAAGGAAUUUCUACUAGCAAUUCAAGAUCUGUUAGAAGUCGCGUUCUGCGCAACACAUCGAAAAGUUGCAUCUAAAGAGUUCCAAACCUGGAAAGAAGAGUUUCAAGAGCUCUCGAAGAUCCAUGAAUAUGAAUCUAUUUGCACAAUGAAAAAUGAACGUUUACGAGAUCUCGUUCGCUGGAUUCGUCUGUUAGGGCGGACGACGCUUUCUCAACCCUCACUUCCCUCUUGCUUGCAGCCCACAGCGAACAACACUGCUCAAGAAGAACCACUAAUGGUCAACCCCAUCCAAAAGUUUGACCCUUACAUCAGUAAAACUUUUUCAGGCACAAUAUCUCAAGAGCUUGCAAGGCUGAUAGCCAAGCCUCUUGGACCAUGUGAUCUCAAAUAUCAGGGCUCGAUGUACGUUUUCUGGCAACGUGGAAACUUCGGCCAUUUGAAGAUUGGGCGGUCAGAAAACGUAUCCCGCCGUCUAAAGGAAUGGAAUAAACAAUGCAAAAAGACUAUGGAGCUUCAUUUUCCGGAACCGGCGAAGAAGAGCGACGAGCAGAUAUCUGAUUUACAACAAGUUCCACACAUAUCCCGCGUCGAAGCUUUGGUGCAUCUGGAAUUAAAUUAUUUCAGAAGAAUCGAGAAAAAGUGCCCUGGUUGUUCUAAGUCACACAUGGAGUGGUUUGAGGUCUCCAAGGAUAUUGCAAUAAGGGUUAUCCGCAAGUGGACUGCUUGGAUUAGUACACUACCAUAUGAGCAGCAGAUAAAAGACUGCAAAGAGCAGUGGAUUUUAAAACGAGAGGAACUGAAAAAUUUAGAUAAGUUGUGUUCCAUAGGGAUGAAUUGUUCAAUUCCUUCCUUGCCUACUGUCAAAGGAGAGAAGCGCUCGCGCUCUCGCCCUCGCCUUCGACAAUCGCUUUCAAGAUAG